AUGGCUGACGAUUCGUCUUUCAUGGACUGGGCGCCUCAGACACCUCCACCUCUUUUCAACCCAUAUCAAGGCGAUUACAUGCCCGGUGGAUGGCCUCAGCAACCACCGACCCCUCAAUUCCGCACCACUGGACUGUUCGAUCCGCCCCGCCGACGAACACGUCUCGAAGAAUUCCUCCUUCCUGUCCUGCCUGCAGCGAAACGGGUCUGCACAAGCCUUAUCCGCGCUACAAUCAAUGCGACUGCGACCGUUGUCACGGUGCCUACAUAUGCUAUUGUUCGACAGGUCAGACACAUGCAGCAAGCUCGUAGAGCCCGUCCCCCACCUCAACAAGCUCCACGAAAUCGAAUCUCUCCGGCGCGCCCAGCUCGACGUGUUGUCAUUCAGACCCCUCCUCCCAGAACACCCGAACAGCCAGAAACUGUCUUGAUCACUCCUCCCACAACCCCUCCACAGCAGGAAACGGCCAGAGUCACUCCUCUAAAGAAGCAAACUCAGGAAGACGUAGCUACAGAAGAUAUUCCAUUUGAAGUCCCGGAGUUUCGACCUGCUCGCCUCUUGCGACGAACGAACAAACAUGUCACACCCAAGAAGGUUAUCCAGCGCAGACGUCUUAAGGAUGCGUUCCCUGGCAUGCCACUAAUCCCUCCGCCACAAACUUUGAAAUCAGUCACUGUUCCAACCCCAGAUCACAUCGUCCAGAAGCCUCUCCCUGAAGCAGGAAGCGUCCGACUUCAUUCUCCAUUUCCGCAGUUUGCCCCAGGUCCUGCCGCACCUCCGUCACCUCCAUCACCCGCAGGCACCGUCACAUCAACAGAGUCAGUUACGCCAAGCGCGCAACUGCAAAAUAACCUUUCUGCUGCCACCGAAAGCGAUUCGGAUGGAAACACAGUGGUCUCGUCUGUCAUCACUUCGAGAAAAAGACGCAUAGAUAUCCAAGGGUCGAGGGCGACCGAAGGAAAUGCGUGCCACGGUGUAAAGAGAUUCCAGACUGCAGGUCUGAGCGUCUACUUACCCGACACCCCUACGCCCAAUCCAUCCAUUGUUGUGCAAACAGCAGUGGCUGCAGCCGAUGCAGAAGCACCGCCGACACCUCUCAACACUUCCUUGCUCUCACCCUCACGCUUCAAGAAUCGAAACUACGACACUCCGAAGCCAAGCUCGAAGAUUUCGGCAAAGGUCUGGAAAACACCACCAUCCGCACAGUCGUUCAUCUCUUCGACUUGCGAUAUUUCUCCCGGCAAUUACCACCUUGACGAAGUAAGAUCUCCCGUUAAGAGCGAGAUUUCCUCCUUCUUCCAAGGUACUCCACCGCCCUCCCCAGAACUAGACGCCGACGUGUUUCGGAUGAUCACCACAGGAGGCGGCUCGCCAAUCCCCGCGUCAAAGAAUCUAGCUGAGCAUGAGACCAAAGCACCGAUUGGAUCUAACACUGGCGAUGGACAAGUACAGUCAUCGGGUGAAGGCUCCACCGGUAAUAAGCCGGCCGUACAAGAGAGCGAGGAAGAAAGACAGGACAAUGUCGUUGCCCCAGCAGAAGAUGGUAUUGAGAUGACGGAUACACACUCUGGCCUGGCCACCCAAGGUGAUAUUCCUGAACCAAAUAACAUGGCAGAAGCAACGGAGCAAGUCUCAUCAGACGACAAAGCAUCCCCCGUCAGAGCCAUCGACGAAACCACGAGCACUCCUUCACCCCCGAUUGACCUCACGGACGACAACGAAGGCGGCGGGGCAAAGUCAUCAUCUCCUCCAUCCGAUCCUGCUCUUCAGACUCCCGAAAAGAAGCUCGCUCAGCUCACAAUCGAGGAUGAUAAAUAUCAUACCCCGGAAAAACCAACUCCCAAAGCCUCCCCGCACUCGGUUGAGAGAACCACUCGAAAGACGAGAGCCGAGACCAAGCGUGAGCUUCUGCUCAAAGAAAAACACCUUUACAACAUCGCCGAGCUUGCAGCGGAAUGGGAAGGUCGCAUCCAGCACGCUCUCCAGUACGGUCACGGCGAUUUCAAAGCCAGCGAUUUCACCCGCGUCGUUCCCCUUUCCAGCAACAAUCGAGGCACAGACAGGUGGCUCAAUGACGAGAUUAUCAACGGAUACCUCGCACUCGUCGUCAAGCAUGGCCGACAGAACGAUCGACCAUCACAAGUCCCCUCCUACCACGCGUUCUCAUCAUUCUUCUUCAACAAUCUGGAGGAGAAGGGACACGAUGGUGUCAAGCGCUGGGGCACCCGCGCCAAGAUUGGCGGGAAGAGCCUCUUGGAGACCGAGGCGGUCUUCAUCCCCAUCAACAGCGGGGCCCAUUGGACGCUGUUGGUGGUCUCGGGCAAGGGGCGUAGUGCAACGCACUACAACUCGAUGUCCGGGAGUGGUCGCCGCUACAUCACAGCGGUGAAGACCUGGCUGGCUGGUGAGCUGGGCUCCCAUUACAAGGAGGAGGAGUGGACGUUUGUUGAGCGUGGAGAGAGCCCAAUGCAGUCCAACAUGGACGAUUGUGGCGUUUUCACAAUCACCAGCGCCCGGCAGAUUAUGCUGGGCUUGACGCCCAUGUCAUAUGGGCCAGAGAUGAUCCCUCUGCAACGAAAGAGAAUCGUUGCAGAGCUGGUGGCUGGCGAGCUCUUAAAGAGCAAUUUGUGA